GACGCCAUUAGAGGGAGGCGGAGAGGGAGUGCUCUUCGCCUUUCCUCGGGUGCCUGACGUGGUGGCGGGGGCCCUUCAUUCUCGGACUUCCCUCUGCCCUUCCAGGCUUCGCCCGGAGGCGGGAAUAGAGACAGUGCCUGGGGUUGGCUGGUCGGUGCGGAGGGGCCUGCGCCGGCCGCGGCUGUGAAGGCGCUGCGGUGGCUGUGGGGUGCUCGGCGCAGCUCUAGGGCUCGGGCGGCCAGGAAACGGGAUGGCUGCGGCCGGCAGCAGCGGCGGGGCGGCGGCGGGCAGAGCCUACUCAUUCAAGGUGGUACUGCUGGGGGAAGGCUGCGUGGGGAAGACGUCGCUGGUGCUGCGCUACUGCGAGAACAAGUUCAACGACAAGCACAUCACCACUCUGCAGGCAUCAUUCUUAACGAAGAAGUUAAAUAUUGGUGGGAAAAGAGUAAACCUUGCUAUAUGGGAUACAGCAGGUCAAGAGAGAUUCCAUGCAUUGGGUCCAAUUUACUACAGAGAUUCAAAUGGAGCUAUUUUAGUUUAUGAUAUAACAGAUGAAGAUUCCUUUCAGAAGGUAAAAAACUGGGUCAAAGAAUUACGGAAAAUGUUGGGAAAUGAAAUCUGUUUAUGUAUAGUUGGUAAUAAAAUAGACCUGGAAAAGGAGAGACACGUUUCCAUUCAAGAAGCAGAAUCGUAUGCAGAAUCUGUGGGAGCAAAACAUUAUCAUACUUCAGCCAAACAGAACAAAGGAAUUGAGGAACUCUUUCUUGACCUUUGUAAAAGGAUGAUAGAAACAGCACAAGUGGAUGAGAGAGCAAAAGGCAAUGGCUCCAGUCAACCAGGAUCUGCAAGGCGAGGUGUACAGAUUAUUGAUGAUGAACCUCAAGCCCAGAGCGGUGGUGGAGGUUGCUGUUCUUCUGGAUAACUGUUCACACUUAAGAAGUUAAACAAACUGUGGAUCAUUGCCCUCAACAUGAAGACUGCCAUAUUCCAAGUCACAUUAUUUUACCAAUGGAAUUAUAGAAUUAACAGUAUUUUAAAUUACGUUUAUAACACUGCAGAGACCUUAAGUGCUAAACUUAGUGGAGUUUGUGACCAGAGAAUUGGCAUUUUUCUACAAAUGUUAACAAAGCAAUUACCAAUGGCCUUUUUACAUAUUUUUUUCUUUAAUAGGGAAUAAUAUGCAUGUAGAAAAGACCUACUUAAAGGCUUCAUUUAUAUUCUUUUAAAUCAAAUCUUUAUUUAAUAACUUAUAUAUGUUGUUGGAAUGGUAUACAUUUUUGCAGCCCUUUGUAUUUUGUGGUAGUUUGAAUUGUAUCACUUCUAGAAAAUAGCAAACUGUUUUUGUUUCUUUUUUUUUUUAUUAGCAGAUACCUGAAGUACUAUUUUUGCAGGUUUGCACAGGCCCCUUAACUGUCUACUACUUUGAUAUAAUCUAUAUACAACCUGUAUGCUGAGCUGGUAAAAUACAUUGUAAAAUUACAUAUUAAAUAUUUUAUCUGCUUUUACAAGCGCAAGGUGCAAAAAUAUAUACAAUAGUCUCAUUGAUGACUGUAAAGUGAAUUAACAUUUGGU